CCCUCUUCCUCCUCCGUCAGAACCUUUAUUUUCACACAUUUCAUCGCCUUUCGGUUACUUAUAACUCUUUCCUCUCCUCCCUCUCUCCUCUGCACCAUCUCUAAUUCUCAUCGAAACCCUAGAAUGUUACCCAUUUAAUUUCACAUUUUCAUCUUAUAACCCAAUUUUUGAGAUUUGGGGGUUUCUUAUACACUCAUACUUCCUUAACCCUUUUCUUGAUUCGACAUAAAAACCUUGUUUUUUCUUGUAAUUCUUUUGAAAACAAGGUUUGUGCAAUUUCUUAAAAUGGCGAUGGUGGCGAAUAUUGGAAUGAUGGAUAGUGCUUAUUUUGUUGGGAGGAAUGAGAUUCUUUCUUGGAUUAAUGCUACUCUUCAAGUAAAUCUCUCUAGGGUCGAAGAGGCUUGUUCUGGUGCUGUUCAGUGUCAAAUGAUGGACAUGACACAUCCAGGAGUUGUCCCAAUGCAUAAGGUGAACUUUGACGCAAAGACAGAAUAUGACAUGAUUCAAAAUUAUAAGGUUUUGCAAGAAGUCUUUAACAAGUUAAAGAUAGAAAAGCAUAUUGAAGUUACCAAGCUUGUGAAAGGACGACCAUUAGAUAACUUAGAGUUCUUACAAUGGUUGAAACGCUACUGUGAUUCUGUAAAUGGUGGCAUUAUGAAUGAGAACUACAAUCCAGUGGAGCGUAGGUGCAAGGGUGGAAAAGAACGUCAUCCAAAGGGAUCUACCAAAGCCUCAAAAUCAUUGCAAUCUAACAAUCUACCUCAUCAUAGCUCAGGAGAUGCACCUGGCUUUAAUAAAAUUUCUGGACCUAAACAAGGGAAAACAUGUCCAACAUCAGGUCUGGCAGAUUGCAAUAGUGAGAUUCAGGCACUGUCUGGGCAGGUUAUGGAUCUCAAGCUGUCAGUAGAUCACUUGGAGAAAGAAAGAGAUUUCUACUUUGCAAAGUUAAGAGAUAUUGAAAUCCUUUGUCAAUCUCCUGAACUGGAACAUCUUCCGGUUUCAGCAGCGAUUAAGAAAAUCCUGUAUGCAGUUGAUGCGAAGGAGUCUGCUCUUGGAGACGCACAAGAAAUUGUACUUGGGUCCACGACCGAUGAUGCUGUUGAUGAUAUGGGUGCAACUGAAUGAAAAGUAAGAAACAAGUCAUCUUUAAAUGCUCUUUCCUGCUGAGGUAGCUUAAGGUUCAAGACUAGAAAAGCCCUGACAACUGAUGCCAACAUGUAUUAACAUAAAAUGACACUUUCACUUUUGCAGACAAGGUUUUAGCUGGAAGGCUAAGAAUCGGUUCCCAAUUUCUUAUUAUACUUGUAAUGGAUAAUUAAUAUAAUACAAUAUUACUCAUUGCAUUCACUUUUAAUCAAAUCCUUUUCUAGUGCAGAACA